GUCCGAAACUGGGCCCAACACGAAAACCACCCUGUUUGAUUUCGACUUCAGUGUCACAACACGGGCAAUUCCUGUUUGGAAUCUGAGAAAAGCGACAAGCGACAGGAAACGGAGAUGGCAGGGUUCAAUCAAGGACCAAUCCUGUCGACGCAUGUCCGUGGAUAGAUCCUGGUGCGGAUCUCGAGAGAGCCGUCGAACCAACGCUCAGACACCAGGAAGUAUGAGACACGCUCGAGAGGGCCUCGAGGUGCGGGCAGCGGGUGUGGUGGUGUGGAAACCAUGGGGGUUGGUCAGCUGCUGUCGCGCAGCCAAUCAGCGGCUGGCGAGCUCCCCCAUCCCAUCUCAUCGAGGCACAUCCCGAGAGCUCCCUGCCGUCCACCAUGCCAAAGUCUCCGACCCGCAUCCGACCAAACAGGUGCCGGCACCUCCGUUAUUAGGGCCUCGCCCAAACCGGGCCAUGUUUGCCAGGGAAUCUUGAUUCGACCUGGGGCAGCGAAUGGCACGUUGCUUCGCGAUCGAGAGGAUGCAAUAUGCAGCGCGUCUCAACAGCGAUUACCGACAUGUCGCCUGUGCAGUCGCCCUCGUCGACAGGCGGCAUUCAAUCAAAGGCGUUCGCUGCGGCCCGCAGGUCGUAUAUACCUUAUGCAGGCUGUGGAUCAAGCGAGCUGCACGUUGCCCGAUAUCAAAAGCUACUGCAUGUCUAGGGCACGCGGAUGCGCUCCGAGCCAGGGAGGGCGUCUGCAUGGCGCAAAUCCUCGGUCAGUCAUCCACUGCCGGCCUGCCUUGAGGUGUGUACCACACUCUCUCACCUCGGACGGUCCUGCGACCUGGCCACUUGCCAUCCGAGGGCGAUCCCGAGACCUCCCCAUGCCGCAUACCGAUAAGGCCUGCCCCGCUGCCCCAUCACCCGUGUGUCUCUACCACAACCGGGCGGACCAAACCGCGCACACAACGGUCUUGGCACAGUGGCUCGCGAAUCACACCUUUGCCCGGCAUGAGCAUUUGAGACACCCAACUGCCGGUCUAUGUAUGGCCUAUCUCAACCUCAACCGACGCCUUGACCUCGCGCGAGCUGUGGGAUAAUAACGAUAUCCCUCGAGCCCUUUCUUUUGGGCGCUUACCACCUGCUUCCUAGAGUUAUCACAAAUGAGCUGAUCGCCGGCAGAUACGGGAUUUUGCUGCAGCAGGGUGCGAAUGACUUGAAUCCGACCCUACACCACACGCUCAUGCCGGGAGCACCUCCUUCUCUCCCAGGAAGGCGAGAUCAGACCACGAGAGGCUUGCGCGGCCACCCCCUUGCUUUCACAUCUUGCUCCAUCGAGGCCUUUCUAGAUCGCUCCUUACCCACACCUUGCCACACCUUUGCUCCGCCCUUCACACGCCCCCCUAGACAAUAAUUAUUUGCAAGACGGGCUGCCACAUUGCUAGGGACUGCAGUGGCCUUC